GAACAGGAAGGUGGUGGAUUACUCCCAGUUCCAGGAAUCAGAUGAUGCUGAUGAAGAUUACGGAAGAGAUUCAGGGCCCCCAUCCAAGAAAAUCCGCUCGUCUCCACGGGAGGCUAAAAAUAAGAGGAGAUCUGGGAAGAACUCUCAGGAGGACAGUGAGGAUUCAGAAGACAAAGAUGUGAAGACUAAGAAAGAUGAUUCACACUCAGCAGAUGAAGACUUUGGCAGUGAAGAUGAUGACUUAGGAGCAGAUGAUGGCAAAGCUGACAGUGACUAUGAGAGCUCUCAAAAAAGCAAAAAGGGCAAAAAGGCUAAACCAGACAAGAACAAGAGAGCAGCCUCCAAAUCCAGGAAAAGGCCUGCAGAGGACAGUGAGGAUGAGAAGGAAGACCACAAAAACGUCCGUCAGCAGCGACAGGCAGCGUCCAAAGCAGCGUCCAAACAGCGGGAGAUGCUCAUGGAUGAUGUGGGCAGUGAGGAGGAAGAGCAGGAGGAUGAUGAAGCACAGUUCCAGGAGAAUUCAGGAAGUGAUGAAGACUUCCUCAUGGAAGAUGAUGAUGAUAGUGACUAUGGCAGUUCAAAAAAGAAAAACAAAAAGGUCUCCAAGAAAUCCAAACCAGAGAGGAAAGAAAAGAAGAUGCCGAAGCCCAGGCUAAAGGCUACAGUGACCCCCAGCCCAGUGAAAGGCAAAGGGAAGGCAGGUCGCCCCACAGCCUCCAAGGCCACGAAAGAAAAGACCCCAUCCCCCAAAGAAGAGGAUGAAGAGCCUGAAAGUCCCCCAGAGAAGAAAAAAUCAGCCAGCCCUCCACCAGAGAAGUCAGGGGAUGAGGGAUCUGAAGAUGAAGCUCCCUCUGGUGAAGAUUAAAUGGCAGUUGAGGAAAUCUUUGUUUUAAAAAAGAAAAAAAAAAAAGGAAAAAAAAAGCAAAAAGGAAAAGAAAAACAUACUUAGGGGUAGAACACGGUUUUGGCUGUGGCUUGACUCAUGGGCUUUGAAUGCUGUCUUUCCUUUCAGCUGGUUAAUACAGUGUCUCCUUUUUUAAUAAGAGGAAACUCUUCUCCAGUAACAUUUUGAAGUCAAUGUUCUCUGUUGGCCAUUCCGUUCUCCCUCCCCUGCCAAAUCCAAAAGCCAUUGGAGACUAAUUAACAGACCAUCCAAUCUCUUUUUGUUUUAUUCCAAGGGAUAUACUGCAGGUGUGAAGCAAUAAAAGGUUUGAGACUGAUCUGUGGAAACCAUAGUGCAAAUCCUUACGUAGAAUAGAUCUCCUAGUGCUGGUGAAGAGUUGUUUAAAGCUAUUAUUCUGUAUCUGAAUAUAUGGA